GCUUUCAACUCGGCAUUCUUCAAGUGUUUUAUGGUGUUUACUUUUAGAUGUAUGAUUUUGACUCCAUGUACAACUAUCGUUGUUUUUAAAGUACUCUAUAAGACAAGUUGAGUGGCGUUUUGUAUGAAAUCACUAUUUCCUUGGUGUCAUUUGACUUGGGGUGUCAGGUUCAUAAGAAUCCAGUUCAAGGAAGGACACAGGCCAAAAGCUCAGGCGCGCUCUCGUGCGCGCGCGCAAGGGUCUUUGUCGUGGGCGCGCACGGCUGCUGACUUCACUUUCCCGGAGUCUUCUUCUUGUUCGUCUUGCCGGCGGCUUACGCCGAGCGACUUCCAAACUUUCUCCCAGCCACGACGACAGCAGGACGGACAGGGACGCGGCCGGACAGGAACGGACGCUUCUGGAUUUGUUCUCGGUGUUCCGUUCCUUCGACGCGCCCCCAGAGCGAACGAGUGAGGAGCGGAAGCAUGAGGCGGACUCGUCCGGACGGCUAACGGGAAGCCAAGUUUAAAGCGAAUCGAGUGUCGAACGAUCUUCGAAGGCAAACGCUACAAAGUGGAAAAGUUGUCGUCGUUCUGGUUCGGUUGGAACUUGCCGACGACUCCGGCCACCAUGGACCGGCCGGACGCGGACGACGCCGACUCGCUGGCCGGUGGUGUUGGCCCGGCGCAGCGCCUCCUAGCGGACGGCGUCUGCCAGCUACAGGGUUGGAUGCGCGUUCACGAGGUAACCGGCCCGGCCGCCCACCGCCUGUCAUGUGGUCAGAGUUCGUAUUUGGACACGGGCGCGUGGGAGAAGAAAUUGUGCGUGUUGACGGACAGCCAUUUGCUGCUGCUCAGCCAGGACGAGCAGAACACGUGCGAGGCUCUGGAGAAAUCGGCAGACGGCGCCAACGCGCGCAACCUCCGCAGGGCCGUCAGCGUCCCCUCAGAUGGACAUUUGCCGGACGGUCCAACGGAGAGGGCCACCAUCUUAGCAUCGCCCCCGAGGAGGCGGAGCAUCCCUGGCCCGUCAAACUUGGAGAAGAGCGUCGCCGUGGACCCACCCUACUCGUCGCCUUUCAGAGUGCCCGGCUUCUUGAGCAAGCGUCUGAAAGGUCCCAUCAAAUGGACAAAAAGUCCAAGCAAAGUGGAGCGGAACAGCAGUAUGAGACUUCCUGUUAUGAGACCCGCUGAGACAGACAGGUCUUAUGGACUUUCUCAGCCGAAGGAAUGGACGUCGCGCGAGUCUCUGCUGAAUCCCGGUGGAGCUCUGGAGGCACUGGACCUCAACGUGGAGGACGGUGUCUCGGUCAGACCUCUGCACGGCAGCAUUGUGGGUCAGGACUUCUGCUUUGAGGUGACCUACUCAGGCGGCGCCAAGUGCUUCAGCUGCUCGUCGGCGUCAGAGCGAGACAAGUGGAUGGAGAACCUGAGGAGGAGCAUGCAGCCCAACAAGGACAACCGCCGCAGGACGGAGCAUCUUCUGAGGCUGUGGAUCAUCGAGGCCAAGGACCUGCCCCCCAAGAAGAAGUACUUCUGCGAGCUGUGCCUGGACGACGUGCUGUACGCGCGCACCACCAGCAAGGCUUGCCGCCCCGGCCCCUUCUGGGGCGAGCGCUUCCUGUUGGCCGACCUGCCCGCCGUACGCAGCCUCACCGUGCACGUCUACCGAGACGCCGAGCAGAAGAAGAAGAAGAAGCAGGACAAGAACAACUACGUGGGACUCGUCAACAUCCCCGCGGCCGCCGUCACAGGACGACAUUUUGUGGAGAAGUGGUACCCGCUGAGCACGCCGGCGGCCGCCAAGGCCAGAGGGGGCGGCGGCCCGUCGCUGCGCCUCAACUUGCGUUUCCAGAGCAUCGCCGUGCUGCCUAUGGAGGACUACAAGGAGUUUGCCGAGUACGUCACCACGUCGUACGCUACGCUCUGCGCCGCCCUCGAGCCCGCGGUUGGCGUCAAGGACAAGGAGGACGUGGCCGCCGCGCUCGUGCGCAUCCUGCACGCCACCGGCACGGCCAAGGAGUUCCUCAGUGAGGCGGUGAUGUCGGAGGUGGAGCGCUGCGGCCAGCGCGACGUCCUCGUCUUCAGGGAGAACACACUGGCCACCAAGGCCAUCGAAGAGUACCUCCGACUUGUCGGACAGAAGUACCUACAUCACGCGCUUGGCGAGUUUGUCAAAGCGCUGUAUGAAUCGGACGAGAACUGCGAGGUGGAUCCCGCACGCUGCGCUGCCGGCGACCUGUCGGAACAUCAGAGCAACUUGAAGAUGUGCUGCGAGUUGGCCUUCUGCAAGAUCGUCAACUCCUACCGCGUGUUCCCUCGCGAGUUAAAGGACGUGUUUGCAUCGUGGAAGCGGCGCUGCGCGGCAGCCGGAUGUCCGGCCGACAUCAGCCAACGUCUGAUCGGCGCCUCGCUCUUCCUGCGCUUCCUGUGUCCCGCCAUCAUGUCGCCGUCGCUCUUCCAGCUCACCCAGGAAUAUCCCGACGAGCGCACGUCCCGAACGCUCACGCUCAUCACCAAAGUCAUCCAGAACCUCGCCAACUUCGCCAAGUUCGGCAACAAGGAGGACUACAUGGCCUUCAUGAACGACUUCCUGGAGCGCGAGUGGGCGGGCAUGACACGUUUCCUGUCAGAAAUCUCCAAUCGGGAUAGCGCGACCGGCGUGGCGGGAUACGACGGAUAUGUGGACCUGGGCCGAGAGAUGGCCUUGCUGCACGGGAUGCUGGCCGACGUCGUCGCGCAGCUCGACGAGGCCACCGUCGCCAAGUUGGGCCCGCUGCCAAGGAUCCUGGGAGAUCUUUCUCGCCGGCUGGCCACGCCCGACCACCACCAGCAGCCCCGUGGCUCCGCCCACAACAUCAGCGCCAGCCUCUUGUCCGGCUUGCACGCAAUCUUCCAUGAUGCCUCCGACAGCGUGGGUGAGGCGGUGACGGCGCCAGGGUCACCCAUCCUGCCGCGGCAGGGACUUUUCUGCGAGGGCGGCCAAUUUGCGAGCGAGGCAACCGCUUUGACGUGCGGGCGUAGCAUCUCUCUGGUGGACCUUCAGGACCCGGCCGCCCAGGGUCCUCUUCGGGCCCGAGCGAGUUCAAGGGCGUCGAUUAGGCUGGCCGGAGCACCGCCCACAGAUGUGCAGCCCCAGAGCGCCCCACAGGUACGCCGCCCGCUAGCUCCACCCAUCAAACAUCAAAGCAGCCUGCAGCCGCUCUCCUUCCACAACCCCGCCUACCAGCUACAAGGUGCCGCCCACUCGCCACAGGACUCCAGCACCGGCAGCUCUCGCGGGAGCCAGCUGGGACGCAUCACCUUGGACGAGACGGGCAGCGGCGAGGGGCCCGACAUCGCCGUUGCAACUGCCCACGUCGUCAAGGUGGAGCAGCAGCAGAGUCGCGCGGGGCCCGACACGGAGGCCGCGCCCACCGAUGGCCGCCACUCACCCGAUGGGGCGCCGCUGUCAUCCGGGGGAGCCACUGAGCAGAAGGCGCGCUCCAUGACGCCCGUGGAGCGUACGGCAGCUUGGGUGCUGAGCAACGGGCGCUACCAGCAGGACCAGCAGGAAGAUGGUGGCGAGGGAGGCUCUUCGGACGAGUACAAGCGGGAGGCGCGUCGUCUGAAGGAGCUACUGUGCGCGUCCUGGCGUCGACUGGACGAGUACCGACGCCGGCUGGCGGCGCAGGAGGUCGCCAUCGGCGGCAUGCGUGCCCACUACCAGACGCGGCUGGACGCCAGCGAGGAUCGGCGCCGGCGCGAGUGCCGUGACAAACAGCGGCAGAUUGAUAACGUCCUCUGCAGGCUGCAAGCAGUGGAGGAGGAGCUAAAGCGCGACCAUGCUGAGAUGCAGGCGGUGAUUGAAACAAAACAGGAAGUCAUUGAUGCUCAGGAGCAGCGCAUCCUGUCUCUGGACGCUACGAACGCUCGCCUGAUGGCAGCACUGACGCAGUUGAAGGAUGGCUACGGCUCGGCCCACCUGUGCAAUCCCACCAAGCUAUCCAUCACAGAGAACGGGGAGUUCAAGAACAGCAGCUGCUGAUUGGGUAGGACGGGAUGUCGGGUGUGGAACCUGGACUGUGUUGGACUGCGUGAAACAAAACCUUUUGUAACUUUUCUAAGGUUUUUAUGAGAAUUGUGCUUUUUUUUUUCGGUGAGACGUUUUUAUCUGCUUGUUUCAGAUGUCUAAUUUAUUUCUCUGCAUUUUGUGGUUGAGCUACUGAAGUGUGAAAGGUCAAAGUUUGCAAAGUUCCGAGUAAAAAAGUGUCAG